GUCCAAAGUGGUCAAUUAGAGCAGACCUCCCCUCCAUACGUACAGUACUGUAACCAAGAGCUACGUGACGUGAACUUAAUGAGCGGCGGGGGAUCGGGCGACUGGCACUCGGCGGCCGACCGCCUGGCGCUCUUCAUGCAGCGCUACGCCGUGCCGGACGAGAAGGUGGCAAGGCAGCUGGGCUGGCCCGAGGAGCAGCUGCGCGCGUAUCUGUCGCCCGAGGCGCGGCGCCUCAAGGCGGCGUCCGACAUUGCGGACACGGCGGUGGACAAGCUGCUGAUGCGGUAUCGCGUGGCGCUGGCGCAUCAGUCGCUCAAGAGCGCCACGACCAAGCCCCUCAAGCCUCUGGACGGCGGUGCCAGGCGGUCGACGGUGCCCACGCAGUUUGGACGCAACGUCAGCGACAGGAGGAGCAUCAUCCAUGCAGACGCGACGCCUGCGCAAUUGAAGGCAGCGGCGGAGGCGGAGCAGACGAAUACGGGCAAUAGGAAGCGGAAGCGGAGGGCCAUCGUGCAGCCUUUGGACGCUUCACGCUCGAAGAUGAAGGUCGCUGCGCUGAAAGAGGAAGCGAACAAGGAGAAGGGGGUUACAGACUCAACGACAGAUCAGCUUGAUGUGCGGAAGCCUCAGCGAUUGACCAAGUCCGAGCUUAUCUGCCCUAUUCGUCUCGAUGUCGACUUGGAUGGCGUUCGGUUCCAGGACACGUUCAUUGUCAAUGCUGCCCUGACGACAUGUUCACCGGAAGUUAUUGCUACGCAAAUUGCCCAUGAUGAAAAAAUGAGCGAUAAGCUGAAAGAUGCUAUUGCAGAGUCAAUCCGGAGACAAAUUCUGACGUUUACGUCUUGCUUGAGCACCGAGCAGAAGGGUGGGCGGAUAUACCCUAUCUACUUGGAUCUCAUUAUUGACGGCUUCUCGCUCCGCGAUCAGUUCGAAUGGGAUAUCUCAAAUGACUGCAUCGCGACGCAGACAUUUGCAUGUACGCUUUGCGCAGACAUGAACUUGCCCAAGAAGUUCGAGCCAGCUAUCGUAUUUUCGAUCUACGAGCAGGUGGCAGCCUAUCGUAUCGCACUGAGCGGGAGCAAAUGGAUAGGGGCGAAUCCCUUUCAAGUGAAGGGUACCGGUGUCACGCUGCCAACUUCCAGCGCCGGUUACAUUGAAGUUAUGCCGCCACUUGAUGACGUCGUUCGUAGCACGGCCGAUGCAAAAUUAUGGCAGCCAGUUUUAAGUGAGCUGUCCAGAGAAGAGAGGACAUAUUUAUCUGCGAGACAAACUGCUGCUCGAGCGUGCGAAGACCGUCUACCUCGUCCGAUCAACCCUUUCAUUGUGUACUGCCAAAUGCAGAAGGAGGCAUUAGGCAAGACGCGCCGAUCUGCGUCCGAGACGAGGAAAAUCAUGGGCGAUAUGUGGCGCAAAUGCACGGAUGAGGAAAAAGAGUAUUACUCGCAGCUGACGGAGGUAGAGAACGAAAAGAGACGUCGCGACCACAUUCUGGACAUGCGCGACCGCGCCAUUGCGGAUUGGGAAGAGGAUGAAGCUCGCCGGAAGGGAUUGCUGGCCUCGACGACCCUAGAGGCAUCUGCCGAGUACUUCCGAGGUCUCUUGCUUGAAAACUACAUGAGCGAGCGGCACGAAGUAGACUUGAACAAAGUGGAAUCGGCAGCGGAGACUGGCGAGGAGGACGAGACGGACGAGAACGAAGAGACCUAGACUGUAGUUAAACCAACUGCUGUGUGCAUGGAAGUCUUCAUCCAAUCUGGAAUGCGCAGAGCGAGCACGACAUAACAAAACGAAGCCCCCGCAGACACUC